ACGAUCGGCAGGUAACCAAGCAGUCGCUGUCCUUCCGAGUAGUAGAUCAGCAGCAGAUUGAGAGACACUUCACCUUUCAUGAGCUGACUGAACUUUACACAUUCGAGCCAGACCUGCUCAACGAUCCAAACUCUAAGAAAAGCAAAAGACCGGCUUCUGUGUUGCCAAUGGAUACGGUUCUGGCACAGCUGUUAGAAGACUGCAAAGACCACAUAGUGACUUACCAUGAGCACGAAUCCCUGCUGGACCAUAAACAAGACGAGGAGCUCAGUGAGGCAGAACGGAAAGCUGCUUGGGAUGAGUAUGAAGCUGAGUCACACCCAGCCAGUGUUCCAGAGACCUCUCACCAAGAUGAUUUGGAUUUAAAAACCAAUGAGCAGCUAUUGGAACUGCUUAACAAAAGCAGAACAACUGUUUCAGUGACCUUCACGGCACUGCAGAAAAUGAGGAUUCACACUGUUGAGGAAUACAUGUUUCUAAUGCGGCAGCAGUACGCCCAGUUGCCUGAGGCCGAGGUAAAGAGCAAAGCUGAGGUCUGGAGACAAUACGAUCUGAAGAAGCAGGAACAUUUAUAUGGUUUUUAUCGAGACGCUCUUGGACAGCAACAAACACUCACAUUCAGAAUACAAAGCAUACUGAACAGUCGAAGAAAUGAUGCGACUCAGAUGACUGUGAAGCAGCCUGGACAGACUUGAGCAAGAAAAUUAUCUUUGUAGGAGGAGAAAGUUGUAAUUUUUGUUUUAUUACUUAUUUCCUCCAGAAGAUUGAAUGUUUUACAAGAGUAGUUUGCACUGAGCUUCCAAAGUUGUUUAAACGUAAACAACAGGCCAGCGGUGUCACUUUGGUUUAGCACUUUUUCAGCCUUUUCACAGGAAACAUUAUCAUGUUUGUAGUUGUAGUUGUUCAGUUGCUUGGCUGUUUCGCUGCU